AUGUGGCGCCAAUUCACACUUGGGAUAGCCCUUGCGGCCGUCCCCUUUGGCCGCGCGUUGUCGCCGCGCACGGAUAUCAACGAUGCCUAUGACUUUGUAAUCGUCGGUGGUGGACAGGCUGGUCUUGUACUUGGUGGUCGACUGUCCGAGGAUACCAAUCACACUGUCCUGGUCCUUGAAGCCGGUGGUGACGGCGAUGAAUAUCGUGAGCGUAUUGAUACGCCUGCGUACUCGUACUUUGAUUCUCUCUGGACGACUCCGCUGAACUGGAUGUUUUACACUCAUCCUCAGCCGAAUGCUUACAACCGUGAAAUCUACUGGCCUCGUGGCAAGACCCUUGGAGGAAGUUCUGCCAUUAACGGGCUGUAUAUGACCCGUCCUGGCAAAGAGGAAAUCAAUGCCUGGCAAGACAUGCUCGACGACAUGGACGGCAACGAGAACUGGUCCUGGGACUCGUUCUACACCGCCAUGAAGAAGAGUGAGACCUUCUCAACUCCCACCGACGAUGUGGUCAAAGAGGCGGGAAUUACAUGGAAUGCCUCGACACAUGGCGCUGACGGUCCAAUCCACAUGAGUUACCCUGGCUACACAUUCCCCGAAGUCGGCUACUGGUCGACAUCGCUGGACAACCUGGGCAUUGCCAUUUCCGAGAACAUGUACGGAGGCGACGUCUUCGGUGCUGAAGUGUCGACUUCCUGCAUCAACCCGUCCAACUGGACGCGCUCUUACAGUCGGACUGGGUAUCUCGACCCGCUGCCUGAUAGGGGUAACUACGAUGUUCUGGCCAACGCCCAUGUGACACGCCUUGUGUUCGACAAGUCCUCUUCUUCGGACAAUCUCACUGCCAGUGCUGUCGAGUACACCAUGGAUAAUGGCACGACAACUUUAUCCGUCAAGGUGAACAAGGAAGUCAUCCUAGCCAGUGGCUCAAUCGGCAGCCCAGCAGUCCUCCUCUACAGUGGGAUCGGACCGAAGGAUGUCCUCUCUGACGCCGGUGUUGACCUCGUGUCUGAAUUGCCCGGAGUGGGACAGCACCUGCAAGAUCAUUUUAGUGCCACAGUGACAUUCAGCACAGACGCCGACACAGCAGGCUCGAUCUACUACGACAACGGCGCAGACAAAGACUCAACCCUCUUCAAAUCAUACAUCGACUCGGCAAUCGCCUACGUAAACGCAACAGGCCUCUACGGCGACAAUGUCUCCACCGAAGAAACAAGCAUCCUCUCCCACCUAAACACCUAUAAACCAAACACAACCUACUCCGACAGCGUGAUAGCAGGCUACGAAACAAUCUACAACACAACCGCCAAAACAAUCUUCAGCAGUCCCAUCGGCCAGAUCGAGCUGCUAUUCAUGAACAGCGAUGCAAAUGGCGAUAUCGGUAUCUCUGCUGCGCUCCAACAUCCCUACAGCCAUGGACGGAUUUAUAUCAAUUCCUCUGAUCCGAUGAAUUACCCGGUUAUCGAUCCUAAUUAUCUGGCUAAUCCAGCUGACAUGGAAAUCCUCCUCCAAGGCCUGAAACUCGCCCGCCAACUAGGCCAAACCAGCCCCCUAAGUGGCAGUCUAACAAACGAAACCUCCCCGGGAAUCUCUAUCCAAAGCGACGCCGACUGGACAGACUGGAUCCGCAACAAAGCAAGCACAGAAUUCCACCCAUCCUCCUCAUGCGCCAUGCUCCCACGAGAAAAGGGCGGCGUGGUAGACGCCAAGCUGCGCGUCUACGGAUUAUCAAAUGUGCGCGUUGCGGACGCUUCCGUUCCCCCGAUUGCGCUUUCGACACAUCUUAUGGCGAGCACAUAUGGUGUUGCGGAGCUUGCUAGUGUGCUUAUUCGGGAUUUCUGGAAUGGGCUUGGUGAUGGCGAUGCAAGUGAUGAUCAGGUUGUUUCGCCUGCUUUUAGUGGGAAUAGGACUUCUACUGUUUCGACUGUCUCGACUGCUGCAGCUGCGCAGACUACGAAGAAGAAUGGGGCCGGGAGCAUUGGUGGUGCUGAUCCUGGUGGUUGGUUGAUGGGUGUUGCUUUGCAUGUUUUUGCUUUGGCGGUUUUUGUCUAG